AUGGAGGGGCAAGACGAACAAAAGGCCGAGAUGGUUUCAACGAGGCCCAAUAAAGCCGAACAUGAGCUGGCAGAGGAGACCAGUUCAGCGCCGACGGUUGAGGAGGAGAAGAUGGAGCGCAAUUUGAUUUGGAAAAUUGACUUGCAUAUUAUCCCGUUCGUUGUGCUGUUGUACCUGUUUUCUUUCCUUGACAGAGUAAAUAUUGGAAAUGCACGACUAUAUGGGCUGGAGGAAGACUUGGGUUUGGUCGGAGACCAAUACCAAAUUGCGGUGUCGAUUCUGUUUGUCACUUAUUGUUUCUUCGAGGUACCUUCCAACUUGGUCAUCAAGAAAUUGAGACCAUCUCGAUAUAUCGCAUCCAUCUCCGUGAUUUGGGGUAUCAUUGCAACCCUCACGGGCGUCUGCCAAAGCUACGGCGGCCUCAUUGCCUGCCGUAUCCUUCUAGGUGUCCAAAGGGAGAUCGCCCUGCGAACCGGGUACCUCUUCAGCAGCGCUGCCAUUGCGGGGGCCUUUGGCGGUCUUCUCGCCUACGGUAUUGGAUUCAUGGAUGGCAUCAGCGGACUACGCGGUUGGCGCUGGAUCAUGAUUCUCGAAGGCAUUCCAACCGUAAUUCUAGGAGUGGCCACCUGGUUCUUCCUGGCGGAUGACCCGGACACGGCAUAUUAUUUAAACGAAGACGAGCGGGCACUCGUCGUCCGUCGACGGAGCCGUUACGUGGGUCAAACGGCAUCUGCGCAGAAAUUCCAUUGGGCAGAUGUCAAAGAAGGCGCACUCGAUUGGAAGGUCCAUGCCAUCUGCAUCGCCCAGUUUGGCGUGGACACCAUGCUUUACGGGUAUAGCACGUUCCUGCCAACCAUCAUCAAAGGAAUGGGUCGCUGGUCCACGCCAGAGGUCCAGGCAUUGACCAUUCCAUGCUACGCCCUCGGGGCCAUUGUUUACCUUGCCGUGGCCUGGCUGAGUGAUCGGACUCAGCACCGCGCAUUCUUCAUCUGUCUCUUCAGUGCGAUCUCGGUGAUUGGCUAUGGCAUUCUCAUCUCCGAUUCCUCCUCGGGCGUCCACUACUUCGGCGCCUUACUCGUCGCAUUGGGCCUAUACGUUACCGUCGGCCUCCCGCUGGCCUGGCUACCCACCAACCUACCUCGAUACGGUAAACGUACGUUUGCCACAGGUCUGCAACUCACGAUAGGCAAUGUCAGCGGUGUCAUGUCUCCAUUCUUGUACAAGAAUUCGGAAGCACCGCGGUUUGUGCGUGGUAAUGCCGUCACCCUGGCGUUAGUGGGGUUCUCGGGGGUAGUGUAUGGUGCGAUGUGGUUCUGUUUGAGUGCGAUCAAUAAGCGUCGCGCCCGUGGUCUGGAAGAUGAAAAAAUUGCGUCUUUGUCAGAGGCAGAAAUUCAGGAACUUGGAGAUCGCAAUCCUCGAUUCCGGUAUAGUACUUGA